AUGAGUGUUUUUGACUUAUUUCGAGGGUUUUUCGGGGUUCCUGGACAUCAUGGCAGAAGGGACCCCUUCUUUGAGGCCAUGACCCACGAUGACGACGAUGAUGAUGAUGAUGAGGAGGAUGGUUUUUUUUACGAUGGUUUCCGUGGGGACCAGCAGGACCCCUUUGACAGCGCCUGGAGGUUUGGCUUUAGCCUGGGUCCGGACGGGAUGAGGAUCCAGGAGCCUCCUGUGUUCGGACAUCUGCUGCAGGAGAUGGAGGAGAUGUUUGCACAGAUGAGCCGCUUUCAGGAGCACUCCGACCCCGGGCGUCACGGUGUUCCCAGGAUCACUCCUCUUCCUCCUCUUCCUCCUGCGGGACGUGGGGGCGGGGGGUCGAGUGGAAACCCUCUGAGAGAUUUCAUGCUCAAAAGUCCAGACGACCCUCCACCUGCUGCCCCCCGAGAAGACCCUGGCUCCGCCCACCAGCCCCCCUUUCAUGGAUGGACGCCUUUACCUAAAUUUGGAGACAUAUUGAGGUCCAAAGUUCCAGAACGCAAACAAGACGGAGAUCUGGAUUCUGCAGUGUCCGCUGGAGGCCUGGAACAAAUAAUCACGCCCCCUGCUGGUCAGGCUCCGCAACAGCCCAGGACACGCUCCUUCUUUAAGUCGGUCACCGUCAGUAAAGUGGUGAAACCGGACGGGUCUGUGGAAGAGCGGCGCACAGUGAGAGAUGGACAGGGGAACGAGGAGACCACCGUGACCCGCUCUGGUCCGGACCAUGGGGCACCAGCACCAGGUCUGCACCUCACUCUAACCCUCACACUAACCCUCACUCUAACCCUCACUCUAACCCUCACCCUCAACCUCACCCACACCCUCACCCACACCCUCACCCACACCCUCACCCACACACUAACCCACACCCUCACCCUCACCCUCACCCUCACCCUCACCCUCACCCACACCCUCACCCUCACCCACACCCUCACCCACACCCUCACCCACACCCUCACCCACACCCACACCCUCAUCCACACCCUCACCCACACCCUCACCCACACACUAACCCACACCCUCACCCUCACCCACACCCUCAUCCUCACCCACACCCUCACCCACACACUAACCCACACCCUCACCCACACCCUCAUCCACACCCUCACCCACACCCUCACCCACACCCACACCCUCAUCCUCACCCACACCCACACCCUCACCCACACCCUCAUCCUCACCCACACCCUCACCCACACACUAACCCACACCCUCACCCUCACCCUCACCCACACCCUCAUCCACACCCUCACCCACACCCUCACCCACACACUAACCCACACCCUCACCCACACCCUCACCCUCACCCACACCCUCAUCCUCACCCACACCCUCACCCACACACUAACCCACACCCUCACCCACACCCUCAUCCACACCCUCACCCUCACCCACACCCUCAUCCACACCCACACACUAAAGCCUGGUUCACACGAGACGAUUUUAAAAUUGCUUUACCCACACCCUCACUCUAACCCUCACCCACACCCUCACCCUCACUCUAACCCUCACCCUCACCCUCACCCACACCCUCACCCUCACCCUCACCCACACCCUCACCCACACCCUCACCCUCACCCUCACCCACACCCUCACCCACACCCUCACCCUCACCCACACCCUCACCCACACCCUCACCCACACCCACACCCUCACCCACACCCUCACCCUCACCCUCACCCUCACCCACACCCACACCCUCACCCACACCCUCACCCUCACCCACACCCUCACUCUAACCCUCACCCUCACCCACACCCUCACUCUAACCCUCACCCUCACCCACACCCUCACCCUCACCCUCACCCACACCCUCACCCACACCCACACCCUCACCCUCACCCACACCCUCACCCUCACCCACAUCCACACCCUCACUCUAACCCUCACCCACACCCACACCCUCACCCACACCCUCACCCUCACCCUCACCCACACCCACACCCUCACUCUAACCCUCACCCCCUCACCCUCACCCUCACCCACACCCACACCCUCACGCUAACCCACACCCUCACCCACACCCUCACCCUCACCCUCACCCACACCCACACCCUCACCCUCACCCUCACCCACACCCUCACCCACACCCUCACCCUCACCCACACCCACACCCUCACCCUCACCCUCACCCACACCCUCACCCACACCCUCACUCUAACCCUCACCCACACCCUCACCCUCACCCUCACCCACACCCUCACCCACACCCUCACCCACACCCUCACCCUCACUCUAACCCUCACCCUCACCCACACCCUCACCCACACCCUCACCCACACCCUCACCCACACCCUCACUCUAACCCUCACCCUCACCCACACCCUCACCCACACCCUCACCCUCACCCACACCCUCACCCUCACCCACACCCACACCCACACCCUCACCCUCACCUCACCCACACCCUCACCCUCACCCACACCCUCACCCUCACCCUCACCCACACCUCACCCUCACCCACACCCUCACCCUCACCCACACCCUCACCCACACCCUCACCCACACCCCUACCCUCACCCUCAUCCACACCCUCACCUACUAACCCACACCCUCAACCUAACCCACACACUAACCCAACCCACACCCUCACCCUCAACCUAA